ACGGUCCACUAUAUCAUCAUAGUAGAACUAAUUCUUGUAUUCUUUUUAAAGUAGUCAUUGUGACUAAUAACUUCCGUGUACUGAAAAAAACAAGUUAUCACUUUUUCGACCAAUCAGAUGGUCUUCAUCAAUGGACUAAAGUCGCUUUUUCUCCAGUAUACAAACUAUUCUUUCCUCUUCAACUUUUAGAAAUGAAGCCAUAUUUCGUUAAUAGUAACGUUGCAGCAAAAAUACUGCGAAUUCCUUUAUUAUUACGAAAAAUCGUCUUAGGUUGGAUGACAGGCGUCAAAACCAUUCGUUCGGACGUUCUUCCAUCUAUCGAACUAUUUAUUAAUUUCAAACAAACCUUGUAUAUCUAA